UAUUUAUCUUUGUUUUUAAAUAAUAGGAGAAUUAUAUACCUAAUUUUGCUCAUAAUUAAAUUUUCGUGGUGAAGCGAAAAAUUUUGUUUAAUAGAAAUAUAAAAUUCAACGAUUCAAGCAAUACGUAAGAAUGGUCUAAUGGUAUAUUCUCGGCUUCGAAACUACAAGGGCUUCUGUUCGAAUCUACUCUAUGGUAAUUAAAAAAAUUAUAUAAAAUGCUUUUAGCAAGACAGAAAAUACAUUGACAGACGAACCAGGUUUACGAAAAUGUAUGUAAAUAGUGAAAAUAAAGUUCAAGAUCAUGAUAGACUUGACAAUAACUUUUUAGAAGUUUGAUACAUCGUAGCAUGCUGCUUUUUGCUCAAAAGUGUGUUACUAUACGCAGCUUCACGACCACGUUUAAGAGUCUAGAGAAAUUAUGCGAACUGAAAUAAGAACGGGUUUCAACGCAGAUUUUCAUAAAUUUUUUUUCUGGGUAGUCAUAGUCCCAGGUUACAAUUCUAUGAGCAGAUUCGAUCAUUGAAAAUACUAUUUGAAUAAUCGCGAUUUUUCACGAAAAUCGGAAACCAAAAUCGGUAAAAAUCGCUACUUUAGGCGAUUUAUCGCGAUAUAAUCGCACAAUUAAUCGGCAUGAUAAAUCGCGAUAAAUCGCCGAUUUUUAAGCGAUUUUCACCACAUGGGAAGAAAACUACUUAUGCUUAGAAAAACUGUUUGAUAAUGAUACAAAUAAGAAUACAAUGAACAGGUGCACAUACUUCUCAUGGGCUAGGCGAGACUAACAUCAAUAGGGAGAAAAUUUACAUUUAUAUGUCUAAUUUCGAUAGAGCACGAAUACAAAGUGCAUAUGAUCUAGAUGUUCUGAAUCCAAGGAGGGUCGCAUGUUAGAUAACGUAAGACCUGGCAAGCUAAAUUAAUGUACAAUCAUAGCAGUAAAUCUUUGUUUCCAUUUUAUUGUUCACUAAUUACUUAUUGUCUUACGGGCAUAAAGGAAUAAAACCAAAUUUUUUUCUAUAGAGUCAAAAAUAUUGGUUUCUUACUGGAAUAAGUAAAUAAUAAAAGUGAUAUUAUUCAUUCAAUUCGUGCAUGAUUUUAAAUGAAUAGAAUCCUCGCCCAUAACACUAAUUCACAUAACAACUUUACGUUUCAAAGUGUUUACUGAAAAAUUGGUUUAAAUACUUUUUUGCACAUUAUAGUGUCCAGGUUGCAGUAUGAACCAGGCUUGGUGCCAGGUCAAGCCUAAACGUUUAAGGUCGGAUCAGGCUGAGCUGGUAACUCUGAUCUGUUUCCAUUGAUCGAUUUCCCUAUUUCUUUGAUCAAAAAAAAACCAAAAUUCGUUUUACUUUUUUGCUUUGUAAUUUUGUAGUAUCGGCAGUAGACUCGUGUCGGUCACGUGCAUGCUUCAUGCUUGAUUUUGCAGAGUUUUAAAUGUUGGGGUGUAUAACUUUUGUUUUGCUUUUUUCUUUCAUUAUCAUACUAAAUUCUUACAUGUAUCUUGGCUCUUCGCCCACACUAGUUCUGCCACUAGUAGCAAUCCGUAUGUGUAUUUGUUUUACUUUGUUUACUUUCAGACAAGUAAAUUUUGUAUAUUUUAUAUUAUCAACUCCAAUGAGCAACAAAGACAAGAAUGGACCUCACACGAAAAGCUUUACACUUCCUAUUGAAACUAUCAAAAGCAAUGCAAAAUUCUUUUACAAUACUCUAUUUCGUUUAUAUUUACAGGAAUAUUUGUUAAAUAAAUAUAAUAUUCAAUGUCAGAUUCAAUUAUUAGACACUCAAGAUAUUUUUCUUACAUUAAGCGGUAUUAAAGAAAAUAUAAAAGUAGCACGUGAAAUGAUUACAAAAUUGUUUGAAUCAACUCGAGUAAAAAUUUAUGAUGAAAAAGAUGUUGAUCAGCAAAUGAUCUAUUGGUCAAAAAAUAUUAAAUCAGAUUUAAUUAUUCAUGUGCUACAAAAAAUAAUGGAUAAUGAAAAUAUCUUCACUAUAUGGGAAAAAACAGCAAUGUUUUCUGGUUAUUUUAAAGUUCUUUACUUUACUCAUGAAUCAUUUAUGGUAUCUGAAGCUAAGAUUGCAGAAAUAUUAAAUAAUGAAAUAGACUAUGUUGAAAACUUAACCAUGCCCAAUGAAAAAACGAAACAGUUUUUGAAUAAUAUUGAUCAAUUCAUUUUUCAUAGACAACAUCCAGAAUUAGCUAUUAUUCGUUGUACAUAUCCAUACAAAUUAGAUAUCAAAAUUAGUUUAUUCGGACGACAAAAUUUAGUUCAUAAAGCUAAAAAACGAUUGCAAGCAAUUAUAAACAAAAAUACAAUGAGAAUAGUCCAAUUAAGAAUACCUCUCCAUCAACAAGAAUAUCUAUUAGAAAAUUGCAUCGAACAACUUAAAGACAUAGAAGACGAAUACAAAGAUGAUUGUGUUAAAAUACGAAUACGAAAAACUGAAUUUAGUGCACCUCAAUAUUUAAUUGAUAAGAUUCACGAAAAGAUCAAACAACUUAUGAUUCAACCAGUUAUUUUUCAAUACAUGGAAAUCGAAAAUUCUGUACAAUUGACUGAUGAUGAUAUUAAGAAAAUUCGUCACAUUGCUGAAUAUAACUAUUGCCGAAUAGAAAAAAUCGACAGUAAAAUGGAAAUGAAAGUUUAUUCUAUUCCGAAAGCAUCAUCACAAUUAACGAAUAUAUCGAGUUCAAUCAUUCAACAAUCAAAUGAAUUUAUUUCGUCAUUAUCAAUGAGAAAAAUAUCAGUACUAAAUGGUUCUAUUGAAAUUUAUUUAACAGACCAAACACGUUCUAUACCGAGAGAUGUAACAAUUAUUUCAUCUCCACAAGAUGCUAUUGAAGAGAGUAUUGAAUAUAAGAAUGAAUAUGGAUAUUUUGAAAUGAAAAAAACAGGUAAAAAAUUUCUAUUUCAUCGAUGGUCUCCAACUAUAGCAGACGGUGAUAAAACAAACAAGAAACUGAAAUCAUCAAUUCAAACAUUUAUCUCUUCUACUUUACAGAAUAUUACAACAUGUUGUACGAGUGCACGAAAAAUAGCUUUUCUAGCAAACCAAUGGAAACAUGUUGGUAGUCAAUCCCAACAACAAUCAUUAGCUCAUAAUCUAAUCAAUGAAAUUAAACAAGAAAUUGAAGCUAGGAAAAUCAAUUGGAGCAUUCUGUUUAUUUUCAACAAGGAAAAUAUUGAUUUGUAUAAAGAAUUUCAUCAAGUCUUAGUCCAAUAUCAAACUGAUCAAGAUGGUUUUGCACAAUUUUGUUCUACAGUAUCGACUGUUCAAAUAUCAGUAUUGAUAUCAUCAAAUUUGGAUCUUAUUAAAUGUGAACAUGAAAUAAAUAACUAUGUUGAAAAACAUUUUGUGAUAAAAAGAACUUUAACUGAUGAACUCGAUAUAAGACGAUGGGAUCAACAUAUGAUAAAUGUUUUUUAUAAAUAUUGUUUAAACAAAUCAGUAUUACCAAUGAUAGAUCUAAUGACGAAUUCACAAAUAUAUCUCAUUGGUUCUAUGUUAAAUGUCAAAAAAGUAAUGGAAAAAUGUAAAUUAAUGUCAGAAAUUUUCAAAGAAAAAUUAUCAUUACAAACUCAAGCAGCAAAUACUUCAAGAACUUUACUUACAAAAAUUAAACAUGCAAACCAAAUUAAUCUUAAAGGUUAUAAUAUUUAUUUUUCUUAUUGUCAAUACGAUCAAACUAUUUGUAAUCGUAUAGCAACAUAUUUAAUUAAUGAAGGUUAUUCUUUAUGUGAAACAUCAUUAAAUACGACAAAAUUUCAAUCCGAUAUAGACAAAAGUGAUGUUAUGUUAAUUUCAUUUAGUGAAAAUUAUUCAAAAAAUAAAUAUUCUACUGAUGAAUUGAAUUAUGCUAAAUCAAAAGGAAAAAUAUUAAUUCCAUUUAUUAUGAGAAAUACUUUAGAAGAAAGUUCAUGGCUUUCUUCACUGACAAUUGCAGAAUUAUUCUAUGAGGCUUUUAAUAGUGAAAUUGAUAUGGAAUUUAAAGAUGAUUUCGAUUUUGAAUAUGAUAAAUUAUUCUCUAAAUUGUUGCGUCAUACAAAGCCUGGUAUUACAGGUAAAAUCUAUUCGGAAACAGCAAUUUUACCAAAAAUCCCUCAAACUAAUGAAGAACAUAGCAACACUAAUGAUGCUGGUUUUGUCACCGAUCAAUUAUCAAACGACGCAUCGUUCGAACAUGAUUCUAUGUCAUUUAAUCAUUCAGUGUCUGAAGCAUAUUUCUCACCAUUUAAUUCUAAUCCAGGUUCAUGUUUUAACAAUGAGGAGUCAUCGAAUUACUUUUAUAGAUUAAUUCGAAGUACAAGACCAAUAAAUCAUAUGCAAACAACCAUGGAAGAUAAUGAUACAGCUUGGGAUAUUGUUUCUCUUCUUCAAGAACAUACUAAUCCUGAUGAAGAUGAAAUUGACGAUGAAUGGAAAACACCAGAAGAAAUAAGAAAACUAGAAGAACUUGAUAAUCCAAAUCGCAUUUGGAAAAAUACACGAAAUGCAGAAAAAUUUAUUCAACAAAAACUAAAAAAUAUUCUUGAAUUUAAAGAAUUAUGUGAGAAAUCAUCUUAA